GAGCGCUAUAGAAAGGGGGAUGCUGCAGCCCCGUCCCCCUCAUAUCUCACUCCACCCAGCCCUUGAAUAAAAACCACCGGUGACGUGCGCGCAGGGAAGCACCCAGCAGUAUGUGCGCGCCCACGGGAGGGGCCGAUAGAAAAUGGCGAGUCUGUGCAAAAGGCAGCAAUGCACGGUAGAGAGGCGCGGCUUUCGGCAGGAACUUGACUCUUGGAGGCACAAACUCAUUCACUGUGUAGGCUUUGAAAGCAUCUUGGAAGGCUUGUUUGGGCCGGGAGUAGUCAAAGAUAUCACCCUUUUCCAAGACCACGAGCCCGAGGAAGUGUCUGACUGGUCCUUCGAUGAAAACUGUCUCUUCUGCUGCUUAAGACGUGAGAAAGUCAAGGAGUUCAGCGUAGAGAACGGUGGAGGCAGCCAGGUGCUGUCGCAGUGUGAAGACUUCAAACAGGAGCAGUAUCGGAUCAGCCGGCUGGAGAGACAGGCCCAAGACUUCCUCAAUGCUGUGUUCCACAGAAAAGAACUCCCAAGUUUCUCAGAACCUCACAUUCCUCUAGUGGCUCGUGAGAUCAUGCAGCGAAUGAUCCGCCAGUUCGCUGCCGAAUAUACCUCAAAAACUACUCAGGACGAUUCGCCCCUGCCCAACGGCACCACGAAGGACCAAAGUCUGCCGAGAGUGGCGUCUCUGGCCCCGGCCCCAUGCUCCCCACCUGGGCCCCUGCCCGCGCCGAGCUCCCCUCCGUCGUCUGCCUCCUCCUCUCUAUCCCCAACCCCAGGGCCGGGCCUCAGCCCCACCUCCACCACCGCCGCCGCUGCCGCCUCAGCACCCGCCUGCAGCAACGGUACGGGAGCCAGUAACGGUGGUGGAGGAGGAGGAACGGCUGCUGCCUCUGCACAGAAUCCCGUCCUCAGCAAGCUUCUCAUGGCCGACCAGGACGGCCCGCUGGACCUCUCCGUCAAAAAGAACCAGGACGACCCAGAGCCCAGCCAGCAGGAUGGCGUCCUGGACCUCUCCACCAAGAAGAACCACAGCGCAGGCAGCCGCAAAACCUUCUCCGGCUCCUCCCCUGCACCCGGGGUCAAAGGACGUUCCCUCAAAGUGGAACAGACCCUGCCAGAGGUGGAUGAGGAGGAUGGGCUGCUGCAGAGAAGCUUGCAGGACGGACUGAGGGAGAACUACGUCAACUCCAAUUCUUUCAAGCCCCCGUUGGCCCGCUCACUGCGUAUCAAGGAAGAGCUCCUCAGCCAGAAGCACCGCCUUCUGAGCCAGCCUGCUGCUCUUUCAUUGGCUAAUCUAGAGUCAGCCGGCUUGCUCAAUCAUGGGCAGUCCCACUCCUUGCUUGGCCAGAAGGGCUCUUCCUCGUUCUGGGGAAGCAAGGCCCAGCUCGACAGCCUGCUGAAGCUAAAGCAGGCCAGUGGAGCUCUGAGCGGGGCCCUCAGUGACCUCAAAGACCUGCCUACAUUCCUGGAGAAUCACCACCACGGAGCCUUCUCCUUCAAGAGUUCCCUCCACCAUCACCACCACAAUCAGGUCUCCAAGGCCCAACACCACCACAAUGAGGGCAAAAGAGACCAGGGCCACUCACCUCCUGUCGACCUAAAAAUCCCCCAAGUUCGGGGCAUGGAUCUCUCCUGGGACUCCCAUGCCUCUGAGCUGUACGGCUAUGGUGCCAUGGGUGUUGGGGGUGGUGGCCAUGGGGAGAACACCCUGAGCCGGAAGCUGAGAGCCAUCCUUCCCAAGCAGAACCGCAGGGGAGGAAGCCUUGGAAGCCUGCUGGAUGGGGCAGCUGACUACUGGAACUCCGACUUGGACCACUCCAGUUCCGGGCCAGCAUACUCCACCUCUGACGUGGAAGGGGACCCAAGCUCCAAACAGCCGAGGAAGAAGAGGGGCCGUUAUCGUCAGUACAACAGCGAGAUCCUGGAGGAGGCCAUAGCAGUAGUGAUGAGCGGGAAGAUGAGCGUGUCCAAGGCUCAGAACAUGUACGGGAUACCGCACAGCACCUUGGAGUACAAGGUCAAGGAGCGCAUGGGAACCCUGAAGAACCCCCCAAAGAAGAAGCUUAAGCUGAUGAUGAAGAUGGAAGCAGGAGGCCAGGAUUUUCCUGCCGAGUCAGAGAACACGCCCACCGCAACCCCACGAGACGACGGCCAGCCGCUGGCAGCUGCUGAGCUCAAGGUCAAUGUAAAAGAAGAGAUUGAUGACAAUUUCAAACCAAUCGACUAAACGACUUACACAUGUAAACCUCAGUCAAAUGACUUAAGUAAUUUGAAAAUGGAUGGGGCUUUAUUUGUGCCAAUUAACUUUGCAGUAUCUGGGUGAGCACAAACGCAGGGAUACUAUGAGGAGGAUUCUUAACACAAACUGGAGAUAAACAACUAAUCGGAUGUUUUUUAACAAGCGUUGCUUGAGCGGCGCUGUAUAAGCAUUUGUUUAGCUUCUAUAUCCAGGGGCUUAACAAAUGCAGCAUUAGUUAAAUGACAAUUAAUGAAAUUUCCAUAAGCAUGCUGAUAAUCCCCUGCCUAAAAACCCAAUCCCCCCAUUUUCUGAACUUGAUACAGUGAACCAUUGCUGCUUAUAAAUGCAGUUUGGGCUUUGGACCAUUCCAAUUUGGGGGGGAAACGAGGGGAAGGUUGAAAAUUAACUCCUUAAAAAAAACUGACAAAUUAUCCCUUUACUGCUCCCCUCUCAUGGAGUACUAGCUGAAAAUUGGUAAGUGAACUGUCAAUUACAUUUGAAGCCAACUGUAAGGUUUAAUCAUACCAUUGAUAUUCCUCACCAGGGUUCUGAAUCAAAACCCAUUAUUUUAUUGCCAGGUAGCCAUGACGCUUUAACUGCAAACCUUUUCUUUCCUCCUUAAGAUAUUCUGCUAAUCUCUGUGCAGACAAAAGCAACAUUAACCCGUCCUUUUUGAAUGAGAAAAGACACACAAAUGUCGUUCAGGGAUGCAUGUUUGUGAGUUUUGUGGACACUACUGACUUCUAUAAUUGACAUCUUUUCAUUUGAUUAGUUUUCUUUCUUUUGCACUACACUUUGGGUUUGGCGCUUACAGACCAGGUUACCUCGGCAUUGUUGCCCUUGCAUCAUGCACUUAUUAUGGUCUGUUUCUGAAGCCCAGUCGCAACGGGUCAGAGGUGCACAUCGCCUGCAUACGCUGAUUCAUAAUCAGAUCGCAGGAAGCUCUAAAACCCUCUUUUUUUUUUUGCCAAGGGACAAGUUGAGGGGUAAUCUGGUUAUGGAUCAGCUAUGUUUAAGGCGGAAUGCUACCUCAUGGACCUCCAUCAGUGUCUCACUGCUGAUCCUGGAAUGCCGGAGCCGCCUUCAAGUUGCCCUCGAAAUGGUGACCUAAAUGAGCUCAUUCCCUCAUGGAGAUCUUUAUUGGAUGAAGGCCUUUUAGGAUCAGAAUGUGAAACUCUGCUGCUAUCAAGUUGACUAUCUAGCGCCUAUUCAAGGCUUUAGCUAGUCUAAGCUAACAACAACAACAACAACGCAUUGCUGAUGUUUUUUUCCUUUUCUAAUCAAACUAAGCAGAAUCGGCUUAGCUGAUGAGUUUUAAAAGAAAUUCUUCUCCCUCAAACUUCAAAGACAGUUUUAAAGGUAGUUUAUUACAUCAGUGUGCAUUUAUAUAGGGUUGUUCAUUUUGGGAUGGUGGGUGGGCAAUAUGCAGUGGGGAGGGGUAGUUGAUAGAGGCGAGGGAAAGGCAGAUUUAAUAUAUUAUUAAUUAUUAUGACUGAUGAUGUAAAAGCCAAUCCGUGAUUCUUGGUGAUUUCUUUACUCCUCAUUUUUAACUCAGGGUAACUGAGACAGAUGAUGUGGGUUUCAAAUAUGGUAAUUUCCUGUUGGACCUAUAGUAGACAAAGAGGAGGCCAAGACUUGCUUCUCACUAACUCUUUGUCCGCGGGAGGGGCCAUUUGAGUUAAUAUGGCAGCGCCAUAGAAGAUAGACCUGCUAAUGAAUCACAAAAAAGAAGAGAAGACACUGACGUUAGGGGAUCAAACUUAUGGCGCAAAACUUCUAAAAUAGCACUUUUCAAAACUAAGAGAAAAAACAAGAGAGAAAGAAAGCUGUUUGAGGUUAUGCAUGUAGUGUAGCUCUUCUCUGGGGGAUAUGGAGCGAUGAGGAGGGCAGAGAGAUGGAAGAAAAAAGCUUUAGUGUGUGAAGACUUUCAGAAAGCUGCAGCUUGGACCCAAACUACUCUUUUUUUUCCUCUCGAUUACCUCCAAGAUUAAAAGAAAAACAAAUAGGAAAAAAAUGGUCGACAGCUUGAACAAGUUCAGUUUUGUGUAGUGUCGUCUCAUCGUUUUCCCUCCCCUCGCCACUGAAGCACCAGGGGGAAAAAAUCAUCACGUUUCACCAGGAGGUGAAAGAAUAUCCCUCAGAGGACACAGGCGGAAAGAUAAAAAAUGCUCUUUUGGUAUUUUCCAUGAGGAAAAGACUGAAGGAGAUGACAAAAGCUUUUUAGUUGUCAUGUUUUUUUUUGCUCUGUGGUAAAUGUUGCUCUUCGCUCCUAACACUGCCUGGUGCUCACCCAGUCUGUGAGAUUUUUAAAAUGAGAAUUGUACCUCUCUGUUCAGAUGAAAUGAUGAUGAUUCACUCUUUUUGAAAUGUAUUGUAUAUUUUAUUUAUUGUUUUCUUUGAUUAUUCUCUUAAAAUGGCAUGCACCACUUUUUUGGCUGAUUUUGGGGUUGGGCCAAUUGAAUAUAUUAUGUUGAGGAUUUCAACACAAUUAAUCCUGAGCCAGAGAUGCUCAAACUCAUACUAAGUUAUGAAUUAAUCACAAUCUAAUUAUAAUUAGAAUCAUUUACUACCUGUUGCAUACAAUCUUAAGUUUCCCCCCUGUGGUCAUUGGCUAUCCACCUUGUGCUUUAUAGCUCCCUUGGCUUGAUUGGCAGGUAUGCAUGGCCAAUGGGAAAAGCACCCCUGGAACAACAGUAUUGCCGGGGGGGUCAUCAUGCAUUAAAUGCGUCCAACACUUUAACAAUGCUGAGCAUUUGAAGUGUCUAAAAGGUUGUUUUGUGCGUCGAGUUGGACCCAGCGAAGGACAAUGCACUGAUCUGAUAGUUAAAACAGGACUGAAACCCCACUGUUGAUAGUAAAGCACUUCUUAUGAACACGCCUCUGAUAAAAGGCAUGAUAGCUGCUCGCUUAGCCAGCUGUGAAUAUAGUUUGACAAAAUGCGACUUAGAUAGUGCCCCUAUAAUUGGCACUUAACACACAGGUUUGCAUGGAUACACUCUAAAAGCACUUAGACUGAAUUCCCCUGAAAGGGGCGAUUCCUUCAGGGCCAAACUAUAUAUCAGAAAUAUUCUAUCCUAUAAGAAAUGUUUGACCCUUACUGUACAUUUGGCUUUAGCUAUAAAUUUGGCAUUGGUUUCUAAAAUAGCAGUAAUUAAGUUUUUAAAAAGUCCCAUUUUCAGCCUGAUCUUAUCUACUGAGGUGCAUGCCAUUUAAGGUAUAUUUAUUUCAUUUGAUUUUUCUUGGAUUUGUUUUUUGUUUGUUUGUCAUGUGGUUAACGGCUCCCCCUGUCCGAAAAAGUCCUCCUUCUUGCAACUCAGAGUCUCACUGCUGUUUUAAAAAAAACAAAACCUCAUACUAUAUUAUAUACUUAAGAGAACAGUAUAUAUCUAUUUAUAUACAUUUAUUAACAAAUACUCACAAUGAAUGUAGUGAACUAAAAUGAAUAUCUCAAACUUACAAAACCAGAACAGUGCAAAAAAGGUGGCACUGUCAGUUCAUUUUAACAGACUGUUGUUUUUAUUAUUUUGCUUUUAGUUUCACUUUAUGCUGCUUGCAUUGGAAACGCAGUCGUUUUCUGACGCGGGCGUGCGACAGUAGCCUUCAGUACUGUAAAUGUCUCAGGAUUGAGCCAAUGGGAUGGGCAGCAAUAUUUGUCAGUCGGAAAAUGGCGCAGACUUAACUACCUGUACAAGAUGUAAUUUAUAGACGUAUAUAUACAGUAUAUAAACUAUAUGUCGACUUGGUCAGCAGAGACCAAGUGCUAUACCUCAAUCUCAGAAUAAUGACUCCUUUCCGUGCCUCGUACUUUUCUGUAUACCUUACCUGGGAGCCUGGUGAAGGGAUAGCCGAUACUCUGGGAAAUAUAGUAUCCUCCGCUGUUUCUUUUCUUUUAUCUGUUCGUUUUUCUUUUCUUUGUCUCCCCUCCCUCUUGCGAAGGGAGGAGGGAGACGCUUCAAGUGUCUGACUGACCAAUAUUUGCCACCCUACCUCUUUUCAGGUAUUUUUUCGCAACAACAAAACCUUAUAGAAGUAUAUAAUGAGCGACAGAUUGAGAAAAAAGAACCACAGGGAUUAUACAGCUAUUCCUGUUUUUAGUACUGGAUGGGGUUGUUAUGGGAGGGCUGCAAACCUCUCAUUUCUUCCUCUAAAAGUGAAAACAUUUUGGGAUUCAGUCGUCUGGUUUCACCCUGGAGGCGAUAAGUCAGGUCCGUCCCACCCUGGUCUGAGAAAGAACAAGGCGUUUUUGUUCACUGAGGGUUUUUUUUUUUCCUUUUGUGGUUUAUUGUGUUUUUAGGGGUAACAUAACUCCAGGUUGAAACUUGACAGGGGGAUUUUUUUUUUUUUUUUGCAUUGUUUUUUUUCCUCACACCCAGAGAAAUCAGAGACCCAGAGGGGAGAUUGGGGGACAGGUGGACAAGUUAACCUUUCUUUAUCCGCUUUAUCCGUCUUGUAAAAGAAAAAUAUCCUAUCCAAAAUCUUUUACACUGCAUUCCAAAAAAAAAAAAAAACACCCCACACACAGGAAAAUGUACCUUUUUAUAUGAUGAAAAUGAAAAAAGCUAUAUAUGUAUAUAUUUAUUUUACUGUUUUUGCAUCUUCAGGUAAGCCAAUCUAUUUCUCUUUUGCUUUUCAGGUUGGUUUUUAUUUUUAUUUCUUUCUUCUGAGUGAAAGACAAAAAUGUGAUAAAAGAAGAAAAAAAUGUCAAACAGCAACUACUGUAACCUCACUUAGUAGACGCCACAUGACCUGUCAUUUUGUUUCAGGAUGGUGUGUGAUGCUGCGGGCUACCAGGAAAGAAAGACCCAUAAUGUACAUGAUUGCCACGCUCCUCUCUGUGGAGAGGUUUCUUCAGUUUCUUUUUGUGUCACGCUGCAUAUCUGGUUGUCAUUUAUACCUCAGGUCCGACCACUUCAAAGCAGCUGAUUGUACAUUAGAAACACACAAACACAAAUAAGCAUCAGGAUUUUUAGUACGGCUUGUUUCCAGAUUUUUAGAUGUAAUUGACAAAAGCAGUUUUUGAAUAAUUGUCGUUUCUUGUUGUCGUCCUUCGUACUGUUGUUAUUCUGAUGACAUCUUUUCCUUUCUUUGUUUUCUUAUAAAAAAGAAAAAUUCUUUAAAAGCCAGAAGCCAGGUUUCUGUGAAUACAAUCCUGUAUUCUCUCUAGCACAUACAGCCGUGGAAGAGCAGAACGCGCACACACACACACACACGCGCAUAAAGAGACAUGACGCACCUACAGCAACGAACACUCUCCCUCCCCAUCAGGUAGCCACACUUUGUGUGGGUGGCUUAUAUUUAUAAUUAUGAAGCUGGGAGUCUGCCGUUUCUCUUUUAGAAGCAGGUGGGUGUGUUUUGUCCACAGCCUGCAGAACAUCAGCCUUGCUAGCUGAUUUUGAUCUGGGACACUGCAGGCACUGCCUCUGUGAAAAUCACUUUGUCUUGCUUUAAAGACUGCUUUUCUUUCAUUUUUUUUCUUUUUUGUUUAAAUUAACCUACCAAUCAUUUCAGUUCUGUUUUAUUUGACCAGUCUGUGAUGUUCUGUGCAUUCUUGCAGUUAUUUUGUUAUUUAAGUUUCUCUUUUCCUUCAACCUGCCUCAUCUAUUUCUGCCACUGUCAGAGAUUCCCCGCAGUUUUCAGUGUUUACAGUUUAACGUGAAGGCAGCCAAGUCCUUGUGACAGUACACUGUUUAAUUCAUGUUUAGGAUUAAAACGUUUUCCAGUUAAGAAAAAGAGAGUGUUCCCAUGUUGUCUUGUGGCUGCAUUGCAUGCUGGUCCAUCGGGGUUCCUAAAAUUGGAUUCUCCACCUAAAGACAAACACUAUGAGCUAAAAAUAAAUAAAAAUAAAUAUAAAAAUAUAUGCAGGAAUGCAAAGAACAUCACCAGUAGCUUGGGUAUAUUUUGGGUCAGGUUCCCAGUCCAGAAUCUUGGACUAAAGUAGUUUCUGCCUACUGUUUUUGGAUGGAUUUUUCUUUUAACUACAUAUCCAAGAAUGACUGUCUCUCUCUUGCAACAAGAUCUAUUCUACAUUGACUGAUUCUCGUUGUGUUUUAAGCUUCACCAUGCUGUCGUUUUUCCCCCCAGACAUUUGUCAAAUCGACGAUAACAGAUCUGUUCAAAUGUGCAAGUGUGAUGCCAAGUGCUGUAAAUGUCAGAGCAUUUGUGAAGAUGUGACAAGCACUCACUCAGUAUCAGUCUGGCUUUGAAAGCAGAGCUGAGUACAGAUUGUAAAGGCCAGGCACACCUCUGGAAUUAUGCUGAUCUGCAGCAAUCAACACAACAGAUACCUUCACUCCCUUUCGUUAAAAUUUACUAAACAAGACAUUUGGCAGGGGCUUGAUGGUUUGGAGGAAAUUUGGAGAAAAUUCUGGACGUAGAUUGUAAAGAUAAGUCUUCAUGUUGAAAGGUGACGCUCUCACUUUUAUGUUGCAACUCUGAGUUGCAACAUAAAAUAAAACCAAACCAAAUGAGAGCAUGCAGAGUGUUACCUUAUCAAAUGUCUGAAAACUACAUCAGGUAUUACAGUAUUUACUUAUAAUCUUUUACAAAAUCGUGUGCUUUGAAAAUAAGAAAACACAUUUGAAGCCAGACUUUGAAUAUUUUUAUGGGGCUGAAUGUGUUUUCAAACCGCACUCUUCAGUUGCUAACUGCAGCCUGAUUUUCGUCCUUCGACAAAACUGUUGAUUUCCAAAUUCACAUCCUGGCUCAAUAAUCUACUACAUGGACCACACUUACCUGCUUAUUCACAUUUAUGGUGCCACCAGGAAUAAGUGAUUAUUUAUUUGUGGUUCUUCAAUCAGUGGAAUCAAGAGUGCCUUUUGAAGACAUUAAUCACAAUCUCAAAUCAAAUUAUUAAGGGCUGGUUUCUUAAUCAUGUAUAGUCUAACCACCAGAGUGAAAUCACGGAGCAGCUGCUUCAAGAACAACAUUCUUCUGUCGAAGCAAAAUGUCAUGUGAGAUUCAGGUCAAAUUUGUCUGCUUAAAUUCCCAGCCCCCUCUGUGAUUAUGUUGCACUGUGAAAGACUCACAGGCAAACAUUUCUCACACUGGCUGUUAUCCUCUCCGACGAGCGCAUGGUGCUGGCGUGCAUCUCACCCCCCGCCUCGUCAGAAAGCCUUGUUACAGAUGGCCGACAGACAGACUGUCAGAUAGACAUGGCGGUCUGAGGAGGUGGAUGGGAGUGCGAGGAUGAAUUCUUAGUGCAGUACAGAAGAAUAAAGGCCUGCUUAAGGUCGCCAUCCCCACCCCCACGCCAGUUAAACAACAGGCUUUUAAUGGAACGAAGCUGAAAUUCACCUCACAAACUAACGUUGGGCACAUUGCGUCUAUGACAAAAAGGUUCCACGGUUGAUCUGAAACUCCACUUAGAGAGAGAAGGGAAUUAUUAGGAACAAAAUAUCAGACCUGAUGUGCAGGUUGGAAAGGAAAUUUAGAAAAUAAAAGCCAGGGCUGUGUGAAGGAAAUCUGGUCAAAAAGCUCUGUGAUAGAGUGCAUUUCAUGAGGUGCCCUUUUGUGUUGCCAUGACAAUCUUGCAGCAUUGUUCCCAUGUGGAGGUGUGUCUGGCCCUAUAGAGCCACCUACAUGGACCAGCUGAUCUCUGCUCUGAACUGUAAUCCAGGUCUGCUGAUACUGGUUUAUCUACUGCAUUCACAUAUGAGCAUGGAGGUUUUGGGUUGACUUUGGAGAAUUUAGCAGAACUGAUGUCAUCUUGUUGCAAAAAAUACCAGUCGUGAUGUGUAGGUGCUGCUUCUAAUGUUGAUUCUUUGGGCUUUGUCCAGUGCAUUUUCAAAGGAAAUUUGCUAUUGACAGAAGACAUGAUUAUACAAAAUCUUUGUCCAACUCUCUUUAUCUUACUCUUAUUUGUAUCCAUGUGAUAGCAUCUAUGAGCAUGUAUUUGUCCUUCUCUUUGCUUGUCUUGGAGAUGCUCUCUGUUGUUUCUGUGCCGACUGCUUCAGGAGUCAGUCAGUUGCACAAAGUUGAUUUGAAAACGAAAGCAUAGUCGGUCGUGCCAGUGAAGUACCAUUACAAGCAUUUCAUAGCAUUUCUAGGCCUUAUAAACUUUUGAGGUCAGGCCGGCUGGUUCUGGAAGGGUUUUGAUGAAAGUUAAAUGCCACAAAGAGCUAGCUGAAUGAUUUGUCAGGCCUCCCACUGGUGGACUUCAAAGACAGAGUGUCCUCUUAUUGUUUGCUGACCGUUAAGAUCUCCUCUAAUUGUUUCUCCUUUUAGAAAUGUGUCAGAUCUUGAUUGUCCUGUCACUCAAAAGCGUGAAGUUUCUGGAGAUGCACCGUGAUGCUGCAGCACUGCCAUAGGUGGCCGGGUAGGGCCACACAUCCCCUUCCACACCUCAGUAAACGUUGUUUGAUUUUAUUGUCACUUUCUUUGAUGAAAAGUCAUAAAUCCCUUCACUUCACCUUCCCUCCCUAACUAUGUGUCAUCCUCUCAGCAUCCUUGGUCAGUAGAGCGUGAGCACCAUGGGACUGACAGGUCCUCGUUUAUCCCAGGAGAGAUGGGGUGUUCGUGGGCAGCACCAGGUCCUUCGCCACUCAUCAGGCCUUUUCAUAAACCUCACUGCCGCCUCUUAGGAUUGUAUACAUGACCCAGAGGCCUCUGAACACGGUCUUCCUCUCUACCUUUCUUUUUCCUUUUCACAGAGGCUUUGCCAUGCUUUGCUCUGAUGAGGAACAGAUUUAGAUUUUUAGAUUUAGACAGGGCUUGAAGUUCUUUCAGCAACAAUGGUGGUCAUUGUACUCUGCAAUAUUGAGAACUGUUUCUAGAAAAAAAACACACACACUGACAUACUACAUAGAUACAGUAUGUUUGGCAGUUGGUUAAUAUUUCAGCCUUAGUGAAAAUUUCAUGAACUCUACACAAGAGAAACUCAAUAUUUUAAAGGUUUGGCCGUUAAUGUUGUAUGAUGUCUCUGAUCUCUUAUUUUGAUGUUUCAGAGUAAUGGGCUCGGGCUUGACUUUUAGUUUCUGUGUUUAAAAAUGGAAAAACAACAACAAAAAAAAUCAGUUAAUGAGAGGGGUUGAAAGUUAAUGGGUUUUGUUGAAAUUGCCAGUGCAUUGCUAUGAUUCUCUUGUAGCUUCUUUUUGUCGUCUUUCAAGUUAUGACAUCUUCUGCAUUUGAACUUUGGAGUCUUGACGACCACCUUCUCUGUUACCAAUCAAUUGUGAAGUCUACACUACAUGCAGAUGUGUGCACCCCACCAGCCAGUGUAUUUAUAGUCGAGCUGAGGAGCAACAAUGGCUCACGAGCACGAUAGUCAGGUCAGACAGACCGGCACUUGGUGAUAUCUGAAUUCAGUCACACCUCAAACUCAUCUGGCUGAAUUUGACUCGUGAAAGCCAGAAUAACAUCACUUAAAAGGCUCUUUGAAAAAAACUUUUUAUCAUUUUGACUGAUUCUGUACAUUAUUUUCAGCCAAAUACUUUUUCAGUGCUUUAUAAACAGCAAGGAUUGUAAAUAUGAAUAACUCUUAGCAGGGGAGGCUCAUGCGGAGCUCACUUAAUGGCCAUCUCGUUGGUCCUCUGGAGAUCUAACUUACAAGACUUAGACUGUUGCCUUCCCGAAUGUCAAAAGUAAGGAAAGCUGCUUGUAAAACCACAAAAACGUGCGCUUUGACUGAAUCUGCAUUUGGGAAAGUAACGCUGAGUGUUUUUGUCUUUGAUAAUGCUUUCCAUCUUGGUGUUUCUUGGUGUGCAAAAAUGUAAAGAAGGAAAAAAAACGUACAACACAGAAUACCUCAGAAAAGAAAUCCAUGUAACCUUGACAACCUCCACAUAUUGUCAGAUCCCGUCCAACACUCAUCCUGUGCACUUUCAUCUCCUGUCCUUUGCCUUUGUUUUCCCCCUUGCUUCUUUUGCCAUGCAGUGCUUAGAGCCCACUGGAGGUUCCAGAGGUUUUUAUACCACUUUGGUUUCACAUCCUCAUAUGUGUUCCGUCUUUUUAUUUGUGAACAUUCUUGGUCUCAAACCUUUCGCAGCCCACCUUGUGUUCCUCAGUUAAAGACGAAAAGGGGUUGUUCUCAAACAAUUUGGCACAUCGCAAUUUCCAAACAGCUUGGAAAGAUCCAGAGAAGAUACCCUUACACCGUGUCCUAACUGAAUACAACACGAGCGAGCGUCAACAACAAAAUCAGUUAAAUUGCAUUGUUUUCUAUUGGAAUGUCCCAAGUGGCGCGUUGAAAGCGCUGCAACAUGGACCAGGAACGGUUGAUUCAUUAAGUUUAAAUGAGGAGUUAACCUAAAUAAGGUGGCAGCUGGCUGGAGGGAGAUGACCAGGGAGGUGGAAGUUUCUAGUAAGAAGAGUUAUUUUUGUAUGUUUUCUGUCAGGAUGCUCAGCAGAGUUUGCUAGCUUGCAGUAAAGAAACAUCUAAAUAUCACAAUAUAAAACAUGUUUUCUGUUUCUACAAACAUAACUAGUUAGCAAGUACUCACCCAUCUUUAACUUGAGUGGUUAACCUCUCCAGUCUGAUCUCGAGCGCACAGCUGAUAGGUACAUGGUUUGUUUACAUGACAACAGAUGUGCAUAUUUAACGGAUUCAGUGUGGACAGAGGGCGUCCGAUGUUUCGCGAUGCGACGCAAUAGUCGGAUGCUCGCAUUCAGUUAGGACGCGGUGUCAGAAUCCCUGCAAAAGAUGGGGUUUCAUCAAAACAGAAAAUCCUCCUGUCUUUUGAUCUUAAAAGUGGGUUUGCUGAAAGAAGGACAAUAUAGAAGGCCAAUACGUGGAACACUUGAAACCACACAGUCCCCACAUUGUUCCUUUUGGGUACCUCUUUAUCUACCUUAUCUACUCUUUAUUGUUGUUAAAACUGAAUGUAAAAAAACGCAAAACACAACUAACCUCUAAUUUAACUAUACAUAUUUAAGAAUAAGAAAUACUCUAUAUGUGCACAUAUAUAUACCUAUACAAGCCCCACACAGACACAAACACAUAUGUAUAUACAAAUCUCUAAUGUCAUAUACUUUUAUCUUGAAAAGGAAGAGGAUGAGCCUUUUCCAAUAAUGAUUCAGGGAAACAAAACAGAAGUCCAGUGCAGUAUGUUAGGUAAAAUCACUGUUGCUUUUGGUGUUCGUUUUCUUACUCUGUUCUUGCUUGUUAUUUCCCCAUGAUGUAGCAUAGGGCAAAGGGGCAGGGCGACUUGAGUUUUUGUUAACAGAAGAAGUAGUGGAACUAGGAUCUAGUGUAGUUGUAGUCCUUUAAAGCCUGAUUCUGUGAAAAUGGGGGUGGUGGAGGGAGGGGUGGGAGGGCUUUUUCUGAAGCGGACACUGUAAAAACAGUAUAUUUAUGAAGAGGACUUUUGGUUUGUGGGUUGGGGGGGGUCUUUAGGACAGUUGUAUAUAGAACUGCUUUACCCAUCAACCCUUGCCUGUCUUUUUCACAGGUUAGGUGGAACUGUAUAUUGAAGGCACUGAGGAGAAACUGUUUGUGUUUUUAUGUCUAGAAAAGUAAACCGUUUUAAAUGAAGGAAGUGGAGGGGGGUGAUGAUCCUGUUCAGGUUCUCUAAAGAACCCAACAGACAGUGAAGUCGUCGGCAUCUCCCUCAAGGUUUGCUGGGAGCAACGGACGGUUUCGUGAACGUUGACCCUCUCGAUAUUUUUGCAUGCUGGUGUACAUACCCCUGUAUCAGUCCUUUUGUUUGAAAAGGCUGGUUAAUCCAAAAGCGCCCUUUUUGGAUGUUGUCCGCAGGACAGAUUCUGAUGUUUUGAAUAUGAAAUAUUGCCCCUAAGAAAAAAACCCCUUUCCUGAGAAGAAGGAGCAACUAAGGUGAUGUUUGUCACUGCAGCAGCUUUCGUAGUGGUUUUUGGCUCUUUUGCAUUCAUUUUUUUCCUUGUGUAAAGUAACAAAAAAAGUGUGUAUGAGUGUGAAUCUGUGUGGCUGUGUAAGAAAUAAAUGUGAAAAGCUUGCUUUUUUUGAUUUUCCUCUGUUGUUCUUCAACCGUAUUUUAGACUCAGAGCUGUUUUUUUGGUUUGUUUUUUUUAGGAAUAUUAAUCUACCUGCACUCUUAUGGUAACUCAAUGGAACAAGUUUGAAGAAUUGCAUCUCUGAACUGUCUGUAGGAAAAGAUGCCUCUCUUUGGGCGCCUUACAGAUCCAAAUUACAUUACCCAGACACCCUCAGGGACCCUCAACAACACUGCUCUCACUCUUAUUCAGGUACUUAAUCUACACCGAGGCCUAGCAGUGAUCAACCUUAACUAUGGUUUAUUUUCAUUAGCCUGUUUGUAUGAAGAUGAAAAUUACCGGCAAAAUCUUAAACGAUCAGAAGCAGUUUUUCUCGCCCUCAGAAUUUCUGUGUUUUGUGUUCUACUCAUGGGAUUACUUCUCUUUUUCUAUCAUUUAGUUGUCUUUUCUUUAUUUUCCGACCUCUGGAUAUUUUUAGUAUCUUAUGAAUGUCAAUCUAAUUCUCAGUUUGGGACUGCUGAGUCUUUGUUUGCACUUUUGGCUUUUACUCUGUGCUGAGCAUCAACGGAGCCAUCUGGUAUUGUGUGGCUACGAAGCACCAAUGUAACGAUGACUUACACCAAACUAACCUCUUAAAACAAACAUUUCAUGGAAGUGCACAAAACAGUGGUUUGGCUUUUAAAUAGUGUUGUAAGCCUCCACAAUCUUUCAUACAGUAUGUUGGUUUAAAAAAACUUGGAGAACACCGCAGUUACAGUAAGCCAUGUUCAGGUAUCCAUCUGGUUUAAGUGCUAACUAAGUUUUUUCUCUCCACCGCCAGUGGAGUUACACACAACAGAGGAAUGUGACAGAUCUGCCUUCAAGUUCUUCUAAAGUUUCAGGGAAAACUUAGUAAGCCUCACUCACCACAAGUGAAACCAGAAAAUGGUGGAGCUCAGCUGGACAUUGUGUGAUCAAACCUGCAGAACUGUAGAGCUGUGAAGGAACAAGGCGAGUCAAACUGGAGCAGAAAGAUCUGUUUCAGUACAAUUGUUCUCAUUUGUUCGUUGACACUCUUCCCUGCUUUAUUGGUUGGAAGACUUUUGGAAGACUCCUGUGGACUUUAGAGUCAGUUUUUCUAGAACUAGUCAUGCAAAAGCAGUUAGUUAUUGGCCUGGCCUGGAUGACAGGAGUGUAUUUUGAAUUUUGCCUAAAUUUUGUACAUCUUACAACAAUCAAAUCAGUGAAGUUUGAUGAUAAGUGUGUAAAGAAAAUAUAGGCUGUAUUGCAUGUUGUAAGAACUCUUAACUCUUUUACUUUCUACAUUCCUGACGUUGGUUUUGGUAGUAACCUGAUUUUGUUUGUGAUAGAGAUAGCUCUGAUUGGGUUGGAAACGGCUUGUGAUAUUUGGGUAGACAGAAGAAGUGUUGUCCAUGGGUUUGGACUAUAGUUUGGGUAGAACAACAAACCUCUUAAUGUUUUCAGUCUUGAUUUUUGUCCUACUGAGAUUUCUGACAUUUCGUAAUCUCACCUCGGUUCUUAACGGGUGGCUGCAGGGCCUGCUGGGCUUUUUCCUCUUUUCCACUGGGAUUUGUUUUUGGGUUUGACGAUAUACCUCAUUCCUUCAGUCCAGCGGGCCCUAGGGGGCGCUGUGCCGAUGCUCAGGAGGCCCAGGCCCCCUUUCAUGAUUUGGUCCCACCUGGACUGUACCUCUCACAAACACAUACACAUAUAAACACACACACACACACACACACACACACACACACACAGGUUCUCCAAAUACCCCCAAAGGACCUCAUUUUUUCAAUAUCUACUGUUUACAGUUUGACAAUAAAAUUGUAUAAUUUAAAAAAUAUUUUUCUCAUAUUAUAGUUUUAUUUAUGUACAAUAAUUUUCUUUUGUUUUCGUUCUUAUUUUGUACCUUGUGAGUUGGACUUUUAUUACUAGGCUUAUAUUAUCGAUGUCCGUGUAAGUGAGCACUUAACAAGGAUCACAAUAAUUGGUUUUAGUUUGAUUGACUGCACUGUUUUAUUUUUCUCUUUCUCUCUCCCUGUUUAAAUGCAAAUUCUGAUUUUCUGAUUGGGCUGAUGAAUAAUAAAUUGUCUCAUAAUGUCUGAUUUUUUUGACAAAAAGAUAAAGACGAUGAUUUGAUUUCCUAGAGUCUUUUUUUUUUUUUUACUUCAUUUUGCAUUUAAAGUCAGGCGACGCUGAUUAAAUCGGUCUUUGUGCAUGUGUAAAAUACUUUACUGGUUAUGUUAUAUUCAAUUUGGUAAAAAAAAAAGAAAAAAAAAGAAAAUUGCCAUUUUUGCCACACAUUUCAGCUGUAAUGUUGUGUAAGGUAGUAUUCACUGGAUGCUAGAACCUUCUUUUCAAAACCACUAUUCUUCUAAUAAAUUUUGUUGUGAAAAUAAAA